AUGUCAACCUUGCCCCUGUCAGCCACUGACCUGGUUUACCAGGUGGAUGUAUUGGAGAGCAUUCGCCAGGGCCAUCCAGUGCGAACCACAGAGCUCACCACCUCACCUGAGCAGAGGAAAGCAGACAACGAGUAUAUCCAGACUGGGCCACCGAUGCUCACCUUUCUAGGUGCUGCCUUACCCAAAACAAUGUAUCACACAUACAUACAUCCCUCAUUGAUGGCGCGCUUCGAUCAAAUACAGUCGGCACUGGGGAAAGUUACGACCAAUAUCAUUGAGAGAUGGUUCUCGGACAAAAGAGCAAAUUUCCCAUCGAGAAUGCCCUUGGACGAACAUGAAGAAGAUGUGCUUAGGUCUAAGCAGAUGCAUCAGUGGAUCGCCUCGUCUGACAUUGUGCCAAAAUAUGCCGGAAGAGAAGGAUGUUCACGCCCGGAUUUUUUAUUCUCAGCCACUUCUGAGAGCCCAUGUCAGCCCAUUAUUUGUGAGAUCAAUGCUCGUUUCCCAUAUAACUCCUGGUUCUAUGUCGAGGCUGCGACUGAGCCAUUUGAGAGGGCUGGCCUGCGGGAGUCUUGUCUGAAGACAGGCCAUGAUUCCGUGGCUUUCGGCGAUGCUGUCGUGAACCUUUUUGACUCAUCGCAUCCCGGCCACAUCCUGCUGGGGAAACAAUGGAUAGGAUUUGACAUUCAUUUGCUCCCAGGCAUCUUUAAACAGAGGACCGGGCAAGAGAUGCGGAUAAUCUCACCAUCUGACCUAAGGCUUACAGAAGAUUCGAACUCACCUACCGGUUACCAUCUUUCGUGCGCCGUCAAUGAUAGCGAAGAACUGGAGCGAGUGUGGCAGAUCAGCAUAGAUAUGGUACAGGCCGAGAUUCGAGAAUUUUCUCCAGAGAUAUUGCGCGAGAUUGCUCGCGUUUGCACCAACGAUCUACGAUCCAUCUUUUUGCUUCAUGACAAGCGCUUCUUGGGCAUUAUACUCGAAGAACUCGAUAGUUUGUUGGAGGCAGGAGUAGUGGAUUCCAUGGAAGACCAACUACUAAAGGAAAGCAUUGCCCCUACUUAUGUCCCAGGUUCGACCGGUUGGCAUGCAGCGAUUUCUUCACCAAAUAGCAAGGAAGAACUGGUGCUGAAAGAUGCUCGCGGCGGGAUUGGAAGGGGCCACACCUUUGGACACAACGUGACACAAGAAGUAUGGGACGAGCGUCUGCGGGCGGUUGGCGACGGCAAGCUUGUUGACGGCAAGGCCAUCGUGCUCCAAAAGAAGGUUGACCAGGUUUCCUUUGACAUUUUAAAUCUAGCUGGAGAUACCUUCCAGAAGCUGUACCUUAUUGGCGCAUGGGCAGCCGUAAAUGGCCAAUAUCUUGGCGUAACUUCGAUGAGGGUCGGCAACGAUUUGGGGUGUGUGCCACCACCAGACGGUGGCAUGGCCAUUCUUUCUGUCACAUCUUCUUCAUAG